AUGAGCGAACUCUGUUUUGAUAAUGAAAAUCCUCAAGAUAUAGUUUCUCAAGGAGUUUGGAAUUUCUUUAACAAAGGUGCUUCUGUAAAAGGUCAUUGUUCAGGACAGUGUAAGAAAUGUGGAGCAUUUUGGGCAUGUGCCAAACCUGUAGAUUUAGAAGAACAUUUAGCUUUAGACUGUCCUAAUCAAAAUAAGGAUAUUAUAGAUUUUUAUACUCAAAUUAUUUCUAAUCGACAAGGUCAUGGCCAGACAGUAUCUCAGAAACUUAUACCCAGUAUUGAACAAAGUAAAAGAAAGCAUAAACUUGCAGGUGAUCAAGCAUCAUUAUCUGAGUUUUUAGAAAGUACCAAACUAACUUCACAGUGUGAAAAUAAUAUUAAUUCAGCUUUAAUCAAAGCAUUUGUA